UUUCAGGUGCCUUCCUUCUCUUUAUUUUCUUCUCUUUCCGUGUCGUCUUUGGGCGGUCGUGAUAGGUGUAGUUAUGAAUAGUUUGCAUACUCUCGAUCUGACGUCAUAUGCUCUCCAUCCGUUCAUGUUCAAAACAUCAUGUUUGAAGCAGGUGUUCUUACUCUUCAAAGUAACCGAAAAAAGAGGUGUAGCAUGUAUUAACAACGAUUCUUCUCUUCAUCUUCCUGAAUUAUCAGUAAACGGAUAGUCAUCUCGUCUGAUAUCCCACUUUCCAAGGCAUUGUAUCUCACGAUGCGGGGAAUGUUCUAUGCAGAUGCCCCUCCCAAAUCCUACACUACCGAGCCUGGUGUUGUUCCACGACCACACAGAGCCGAGCAACCUCUGACAAGAAGAAUCAGACUCGAACAACCGCCAUUAAAAACAAACAAACACCAAUCUAUUCAACCAUCCAUCAACCCACAACUAACCCCAUCACCAUGAAAGCCGCCCAAUUCUUCGCCCAACGCGACCUGCGCGUAAUCUCCACCCCCUCCCCAACACCAAAGUCCCACGAAGCCCUCAUCGCCAUAGAAUGGUGUGGAAUCUGCGGAUCCGACACAUCCGAGUACCUCCACGGCCCCCUAACCAUCCCCCGAGAAUCCCGCCCCCACCCCUCAACAGGCGAGCACCUCCCCGUGACAAUGGGCCAUGAAUUCUGUGGCCGCAUCAUCAGCGCACCGGCAUCCUCCCACCUCGUAUCCGGCCAACCUGUCAUCGUCGACCCGCGCAUCUACUGCAGCACGUGCGCCCACUGCAACGCGGGGAGCACGCACGCCUGUUCCACGCUGGGCUUCAAAGGGCUUUCCGGCUCCGGAGGCGGGUUCGCAGAGCGCGUGGCCGUCGAUGCAAAACUAUGCUAUGCGCUUCCUGAGACUGUGGAUCUGCGGCUCGCGGCGCUGAUCGAGCCGCUUGCUGUGGCGUGGCAUGCGGUGAAGCUGUGCGGGGUGGCGGAGUGGGCGGGGAACAGUGUGUUGAUUCUGGGCGGCGGGCCUGUGGGGAUUGCGUGUGUGUUUGUGCUGCGCGCGUUGGGGUGUAAGCACGUUUAUGUGUCUGAACCGGCUGCUGCGCGGGCGGUGCAUAAUCGGACGAUUGCUGAUGCGGUGCUGGAUCCGAUGAAUGAGCAUGUCGGGGAUAGGUGCCGUGAACUGACGGGCGGUGGGGGCGUCGAUGUGGUCUUUGAUUGUGCGGGGAUGCAGAAGGGUAUGGAUGCUGGUAUGGAUGCGCUCAAGUUCAGAGGCACGUAUAUGAAUGUAGCGAGUUGGAUUGGUAUGCCUAUGGUUAUCCCGUUCAUCGCGUUUAUUAAGAAGGAAAUCGCCAUCAAGUGCAGUCUUGCCUACGACGAUGAGGAUUUCAAGGAGACGGUGGAUGCGUUUGUAGCCGGUGAGUUCAAGGGCGUCGAAACCAUGGUAACAAGUCGAAUUCAUCUCGAUGACAUCUCAGAGAAGGGUUUUGACGAGCUGGUCACGAAUAAGGACGACCAUGUUAAGAUUUUGGUCACGCCU